AGUACUCAUAGCAAUCCCUCAUUGCCCAAUCAGAAGAUGCUCCAUAGCAGGGUGCUCAUAUCAGAUUUCUUGAUCCAACAUCCUCUCACUCUGUAUCUCUUACAGUCAGUAGACAUGGAGGAUGGGAAGCCUGAUCUGCUGCUAGUCAAAGAGGAGACAAUAGAAGAUGAACCAGAGAGCAUUGAUCUGCUGAGUGGACUAAAGAUGGGGGAGCAAGGUGGUUGGCUAGAGGCUAAUAAAGGAGACUGGGCAGCCAUCUUGGAUUCCCAGACGGAUGCAGCCAAGGGCCCAGGGGACAUCAUCACUGAACAGGCCACAACCAGAGGCGACUUGGUGGAGUCUGCAGUCCAUGAGGACCUGCUGAUUUCUGGUGUUGCUGGCGGGAGAGACUGGAUCUCUGAGGUGGCUGGUCACAAACCCUGGCCCCGGAUCAGGACACUGGAUCAGGAGCCGUCACGGUUCCUUCUUGAGUCGGAACCAGGACCCAACCACGAAGGACAGAGACUCCACCAUCACACAGAACACAACCAGUGGGCAGGUGGACUGAACAACCUCAGUCCUGGUGGUCAUCAGAUAGACAGAGGCUCCAGUCAGGGAUCCAGUCUGCAGCCCAGACCCCUCUCUUCACAGUCUCAGUGCAGGGAUGAAGCAGGGCCUGGGGCUAGUAGAGAUAGACCCUCCUGUUCCUAUGAUACAAACACCACUGUAUCCAUGAUGAACAGAGCAGGUUAUCCUGGGCUUCAGCCUUCACAGAGAGCAGUGGGAGAUGCCCCUGGUGGUAGUCUAUCAGCAAGUCUGUCUUCUACUUCAGGGUCUCAUCUAAUGCAUGGUGACUGGGUUCAUAGACAGCCUGGACCUGGGUCUAGCCUUCCUGGUAAUGGUUACCCCACAAAUACAGACAGGGUCAGGAUGGGCGUUCAUCACAAGAGGUACCUAGCCUAUAACACGGCAAACAAUCUCAACAACACCCAAACAAUGGCUAGAGGUCGAGGACGGAGCUCAAAGACUAACCACCUGAGGGCGGUAGCUCCUAUCUCCUCUGGUGUCAUUGGGUCACAACGUGAGAGGCCGAGCAUUAGUACCGACGUCGACAAGCCCUACUCCUGCCCCACGUGUGGGAAGUGCUUCGCUAGGGCAAACUAUUUGAAGGAGCACCAGACCGUUCACACCAAGGAGAGGCCCUUCAAGUGCAAACUAUGUUACAAGAGCUUCUCCUUCCUGACUAACCUUACCAGACAUAAGAGUGUCCACAACGGGAAACAUUUGUAGCAGUGUGGUUUGAGGUGUACACAGGGGAUGUCUGGGAAUUAUUCUUCAGCUGACAUAUUAUAGUUAUCAUGUGAAGUGUCUUGGGAUAAGAAGGUAGUUAACCACAUACCCUUUAUUAACAUGUCAUAUGUUCUGAAGCAACGUGUUGAAGUUGCCUGAAGGAAACGUGAAGUCAACUGUGAAAGACUGGCAGGAAGUGUUAGUUACAUACAUGAGAGAACCAAUGGGCAGCCUCGGGAGGAGAUCGUUGAUGUCACUUGCUCUCGGAGCUGGAACUGCUGUGGGGGCUGCGGGGUCUCUUCCUCUGCCGAGGGGGAGACAAUAGGGCCAGCUGAGGGGGACCUAUUGGACUGGGGCUCACCCCUGCCCCUCCGUGUCCCGCGUGUCUUUUUUCAGGGGAAGGCCCGGCCUCUUGGGGGGUCCGGGCAUUUUGGGGUUCUUCUUAGAACAUAUGACAUAUCCAGGCUGUUUCACAUCCGGCCGUGAUUGGGAGUCCCAUAGGGCGGCGCACAAUUGGCCCAGCGUUGUCCGGGUUUGACCGGGGUAGGCCGUCAUUGUAAAUAAGAAUUUGUUCUUAACUGACUUGCCUAGUUCAAUAAAUUAUAAUAAUAAAAAAAUAUAUAUGAAACGUGCUUGUGUAAGUACCUGUUUUUAGUGACUGUAAACCUAGGCUAGAACAAGGACAGUUACAUAUGCUAACACUGUUCGAUCAAAACAAAUCUGCUCUCAGCUUCAAAGAUGCCAUUUUGGGGUUCUUCUUGGAACAUAUGACAUAUCCAGGCUGAACCCCAAAUCAUAGGAGAUUUGAUGUGUAUUCAGUGGUGGAGAAAUUACCAAACAAUCAU